UCAUGGAGGUUCAUCAGUCUGCUGUGAUUCUGCUGCUGAUCGUGUGUGUGUCGUUCUCCACUCAUGCUCAACCACAACCACCAGCAGAGAUAAAGCCCCGUUAUCUAAAAUUCCUCAAACAGCAUUUCGGUCCUGAUAUGAGUGAGCAGAAGUGUGACCGUAAAAUGAAAAGUGGCAUUACUGGACCUAACGGUGUCUGCAAAGAUGUCAACACCUUCAUACAAGCAAAUUCAAAUCAGAUUAAAGCGGUUUGUGGCACAGGACGUCCACAGGGUGGUGACCUGUUUAAGAGCGGACAGCAGUUUCCUGUGAUCACGUGUAAAUUGAAACGUGGGUCAAGACCCCCAAGAUGUGCCUAUAGAGGGAAUAUGUCGACUCGUUACGUUGUGUUGGGCUGUGAGAAAGGCUGGCCUGUGCAUUAUGAAGAAGGCACAAUUAAUUAUUAA